AUGGACGGAGCCUUGGUUAAAAAGUGGCAAGAGGAACAUUCAUCUUCUGAUAUCAUCGGCAGAGUUGUCUUCACCAGAUUUGGACUAACAAGAUUUUAUCCUGAAAGCCAAAAGCCCGGGGUGAGCAGGUGGCAGGAUCCCUGGUACAACCCAGCACUGCGUAGAGGAGAGCUCAAUAGGAAAGUCUCUGUCAUACCUCAUUCCCUUGGUGCUAUUCUUUCUGCCCCAGUCAUAGUAAAAAAGGAUGGAUCUGAAGUAAUGGCUGCAGUUGUGGCGGUAAAUCUUACCUCAAGUUCCCUACACAAUGGUUUUGUGGAACAGCUGCGGAAUUCAGAACGGUGGGAUCAGUAUGAAUAUCUGGUACUGCUGGUUGAUGAUGGAGGAAUUAUUGUCACAUCAAACAGAGAACUU